AUGGCGAGUUUGUGUGAGAGGCAGCCGCAAUGUACGAUUGAGAAGCGCGGCUUUCGACAGGAACUCGAAUUGUGGAGACAUAAAUUAAUUUGCUGUGUAGGAGAACUUAUUUGGUUUGGACAACCAGGUCUUCAUCUCUGAAGUCAAAAGAGACUUCAACAAGAGGAGACCAAAAUUAAAAGCCUUGAAAAUAAAGUGGAAGAGUUCCUAAAUGCUGUCUUUUACAAAAAAGGUAUUAUAUAUUUCUCCAACCCCUGCAUUCCUUCUCCGGCAAGUGAGAUAAUGCAACGGAUGCUUCAACAGAUUGCUUUGGAAUAUACCUCAAAAAGUAACUCAUCUCAGGACAGUCCUCAGGCCCCUCAGCCCAACGGUAUCAAGGACCAAAGCUUGGCAAAAGCAUCCCUGCUGGCUGCCACUUCCCCUUCCACUGUCUGUGCACGUAACAUCGUCCUCGGCAAGCUACUCAUGGCCAGCCAGGACUUUCCCCUGGACCUCAGUGUCAAGAAGACUGAGGAGCACUCAACGGACCAUGAAGGUGUGCUUGACCUCUCUACUAAGAGCCGCCGCAACUCCGCAAGCUCUUCUCUCCGAACCUCUCAUGGCAGUACGGUUGCACCCAUAGUGAAAGGUGACUUGACUCUGGCAAAAGCAAGAGAUCUACAGUCAACAUCGACUCUGGAGCAGUUUAUGGCCAAACUCUGUCUACAUCAUCAGCAGCAGAUUGUGGAUGCCUUGGACUUCCUGCAGACAGAAGUCAAAGCAGUUGCUUCCACUCAAUCUUUCUCAACACUUGUACCUGCAAGUCCCUCUAUAAGAUUGGCUGAAGUGCAGUCCAGCUUUGGAUGUAACCAGCUGAAUGUUGUUCCAAACACUGGUGAAAGUCCCAUUCUGGGACUUGCAAGUGUGAGGAAUCUCAGUUCUUCAGAACGGUACCUUACCACUCAGGGAGAAAGAGACCUGGAUACUGCUGGUAAACUUUGCCUGCCAACAACACAUCCAGAUGCUUUGGAUCUUUGUAAAGUUAGUUCAGGGGGCAAAGGAGACAUAAUGCUGUCUCUACCUGGCAAUAGUGGUGAUAGAGAAAAUGCUUGCUGUAAUGCAGCAGCUUCAAAAAAUAAAUCUGAAAAUUUUAGCCGUACAGUGAACUCAAGUAUCCUUAAACCCGGGAGCCCUGUUGUCAGCACUUUAGAAGAACAGCAGUGCAAUCCUGAAACUUCCUUACAUCAAAGUAACAGUCCUGGGAGACUCAUUCAGUCUUUAGUAAGGCAUAACCAGGGUUUUAAUCAUCUGUAUCACACAGGACGAAGUAGCACCCAUGGAAAUGCCAAAGAUGUGCUGGUUGGCUUGUACCCUGUAAGAAAGGCCUCAAAAACAGUGUCCAUAGUCUCCCUUAAGAAGGCUCGAAAAAAUGGUAAGAUGCCAUCUCCUCCAUCCGGUAUACCUUUUUACCAGACUAUAACCAAGUCUGAUAGCAAUUAUGAUAUUGUGUAUGUGGGUAAAGCUAUAACAGAGUGCAAGCUUCAGCCUCAAUGCCACGUGCCCCCACGGCAAAAUGCCAGAAAGAGCACAAGGGGUCACGUAUACUUCAGGGACUGUUGGGAACUGAAAACUGUCCGUACAUUAUCUGGAAAAUCAUAUACCAAUGAAAAUGGCAACUAUCCUGUUAUGAUGUCUCAGACAAACACUCUUGUUACCCCUAUACAACUUCUUUCUAAACCUGAUAGUGUCCCUCCAGUUGAUGUACAAUUUGCUGGGGGCUGUGAAGAGGCCAUUAGUCAGAAAGAACCUGUGGAAGAGUCAAUGGAGAGGGAAAUGGUUGAUGAGGAUAUGGCAGGACUUGGAGAAUCAAGUAUUAUGUUGGAGUCCUUUCAAACCGGUCAUGCAAUGAUUAAUGAGCAAGUUUCCUCUGCCACUAAAGCUCUCUUAUCUAGCAUAAACCAGCAAAAUUCAAAGACCACAGAGCAGGAGGAAGCAGUGUUGGAGACGGAGAUUUCAGCACAGAAUUCUGUUAAGUCAGUUGACAAGGAAAAUAACCAAGAGCGCUCUGGUCCAACACAAGAGAAGGGAGAGGUUCAAGCAGUACAACUUCAAGAGACUUUAUCAGGUCCAGCAGACAUAACACACAAUGGAUCCAAGUCUGAUAUCUUGUCAAUUAAAGAAAGCCAAAAUGAUAUAACUGAAUCUAUACAGAGAUUGCCUUCUGUUUUUAUAACAGAACACUCUGUUGACAUACAGGGUGAUGACUUGGAGAAUACGUAUGAUAAAGAAGUUCAAUCUCAAUCUCAGAAGCCUCUGUUGGUAAAGAACCUGGCAAAAAAUGUGGAGUAUACUGCUGGCAGUAAAGAGAGUGGUGCAAAGGAAAAUGCUAAUAGUCCAGAAAAAGAGGGGGCUGAACUGGUUUGCCAAGCAGUAGGUGAAACUGGCCCCCAACUACAUGGACUGGUGUCAAGUGGAAUAGUUGAGAAAGUAACAGUAAAAGAAUUUGACAUUGUUUUUGAAAAUUCUGAAGAACACUGUAUAUUAAAAGAAGUUAUAAUGAACACACCAGGAAGCAUAACCACAAAGACUGAAAGUGGUAGAUGUGUCUCUGCUUCAGACAGAUGUUUGCGGAGUAGGACAAAGAUAAGCAGCUCAGAGUCCUUAAGCAAAACCCAAAAACAGAUGAAAGAUCCCUCUAAGUCAAAUAUUGGUGAAAACUUCAAGAUGAAUUCACCUUUAAGAGCUGUUUCUGUGAAACAUCAAGAAGCUGCAAGUCCUCAGCUGGGAGUUAACCAUAGUGAAGCACUGGAGAAAAGUGAAAGCUUAAAUUAUACAGUUCAGCCCUCUUCUGAAAUUAAACCCAGUGAUUUCCAUGUAGAUGGACCAGUAUGGACAAGACAAAAGCACAAGUCCAUUUUGACAAAGGAAAUGGAAAAGAAUGAGGCAGUACAGGGUCAGUUACUGGCACAAAGACAUGAUAAAAGAGCAAUCUCAAAAAUGUGCACUGCUGCAGCAUCCAUGGUGACAGAAGAUGCUAGUAACUGUGAUUCCAUGGGAGGUGAUAUGGAAAUAUCUGGAAAAAUGUCAUCAGACAUGUUUUGUAGAAAUGGUGGAAUGUCUACAAUAUCAGUAAGUUCUAUAAUUCCACUAAAACAAGAUUUUAGACCCCAGAGACUCGUUACACCCAGACCAAAUGACAAUGAACAUAGAGAGUGCCAUGUGAAAACUAGAUUGCAAAAGUGCAUACAGAUCCAGAGAAAGGACUCUGACCCAUUUGGUCUGCAGAAACUUGACCUCUCAGGAUCAAAUCCACAUAAGUUUUUGGAAACACUUAUGGAGGAAGAAAAUCAACGACUAAUAACAAAUUUAAAUAGUAAGUAUGAUAAAAUGCAGAGAGGGUGGAUCCAGAUCGAUAAAGCAGGUCAGCACACAGCAUGUAGGCCCAAAAACAAGGCAGACCGGUUGAAAGAAAUCUGGAAGAGUAAACGCCGAGUCCGAAAGCCAAAAUCUUUAGAUCAGCCAAAAUUCUCUCCUGUGCGCCUCCUUUUCACAAAAACAUUUGAUAUGAGCAGCAUAUGCCAAUGGUUUUUGCAGACAACUGAAACUAAAUCCCUUGUCAUUGUGAAAAAGGCAAAUACACGCCUUCCUUCUGAAACUCAGCUGUGUUUUCAGGGUUCAUCAGGUGUAGCCAGUUCCUCACAAGGAGUUUUUCCAAGUUUGCAAGCUGAGCGCUUAAAGAAACACCUGAAAAAAUUUGCUAUUGCUUCCCCUGUGAAAAGCAACCCUAAAAACCGAAAACUAAUCUCUCAAGUCUGGGAACAAGAAGGUUGUUGUAACAAACGAAAGGAUAGGGCAAAUGACCUAACCACUGCGGUGCAAGUCUCGACUAAAUUGCAUGGACUUCCUCAUAAUCUUGUAACAGAGGUUGUGGAAAACCAGAAGGCUACUGUGGGUUCAAGACACCCUGCUUCUGCCAGGAUCUUGAGAAAAUACUCCAAUAUCCGUGGGAAACUGCAAAUUCAGCCACAAUAUAUUAAACCUAAGGGGAUACUGGAAGAAGAUGCCAGGUUGAGACUUAAAACUUCUCCAAAGCCUGUCCCCAGUCCAAAGUUAUUACAACAAAAGAAAAAAGGUUUAUCUGUUGGGAAAGACUGUGGAAGUAAUAAAUCAAAACCUGUACCUUCAAAUAGAAGACUUGCAGGGAAGACAGUUUGUAGGAAGAAAGGAGUCAAAAAUAAUAAUAGGUCUUCAACUGGGUUGAAUAAAAAGGAUGACUAUGGACUGAGAAGGUCGUCUUUGUCCUCAGCAGCUCAGAAACUGAGCAGAGUUACUCCACAUGAAUCAGUCUCUUCCAGACUAAAAAGCAAAGCUGUGGUACCAAUAAAAGUGGAAAAAGAACCAGUUGAUGUGCCAAAACCACUAAAAAAAGUGCAAGUCAGAGAGGCAAAAGUACAAACUAAGAAACUGAUAAGAAACAUAGAGUGUUUGACCCCUCACCAGAAGGUGCAAGUUAGUCCAGUCUCACAAGACUAUGUACUAACAAGGUCUCAGAGGAAGAUUGAGGCUACACCUAAUACAAGUGUGCUGUCAAAAUCUUCCACGAAGCGAACUCAGGACUUCGUAACAUCGUCAGCCAAACGUACCAGAACUUCACUUUUAAAAUGAUGAGACUUCUGCCGGAAAAUAGACUUUGCGCAAAGAUGUUUGUUGAUAAAGAUCUGUGAAGUUUGAAAUAGUUUGAAACAGUAUGAAACUGAUCUAACUUUUUUGUUUGUUUAUACAUGUAAAUGGUUGUAAUUGAACAUUUGUAUUUAAGAAGAAAUUA